UUAGUUAUAAAAAUCAUUGAUAUCUCUGAAACGCAUCUGAAAAUACGCUCUGUUCCUGCCUGGCCAGGCCUACAUUAAUCCGGUUAUUUCUGUACAAAUUGGGAGAAGUAAACCCUCACAAUGCUGAGCACAGUUAGCCGGCAACUUAAAAGCCACCCAGCACUGGUCCCCCUUUUCAUCUUCAUCGGUGGUGGGACGGUUAUGUCUGGAGCGUAUCUCUUGCGCCUGGCAAUGGGACCCCAUGUCAGUUGGAAUCGCAAUGGCAACCCCGAGCCAUGGAACAAGACGGAACCCACACAGCAGCACAAGUUUUACUCAGUGAACAUGGACUACAGCAAGCUGAAGAAAGAGGGUCCUGACUUCUAAACUCUUCUGCUGGACCAAAGGCUUGAGGAAAAAAAUGACUUAUUCUAACACUGACUUCCCUUACACCUCUAACUUGAAACCAGUGGAUGCAAAGAGGCUAAACCGCACAAGUUCUGUCCCCUUUGACAGUCUCUUUUUUUCCCCUCAUACCUCAUGGUUGUGCAGCAAUAAAGUGAAGGAGUCUUUUCUCCUGUGUACAGAGAAAA